AAAGUUGUGAGUUUGUUUUCCUGUGCAGUUGCUCGUUGAGCUCAAAAAGUGAAUGACAUGUACUGAAUUAUUGAUAUCAUAAUAUUGAGAUGAGUUCUCCAGCAGCAGAAGAACCGCCAGUAGAUUCUACCAAUCAUUCAACAGUUCCGAAAUCUGCCACUGAUGAGAAUCUUAAACCUGAACUUAACAAAUAUGGUGAUACUACCUCUAAAACAUCACUUCCUAAUGAAUCAUGUCCAAAAAUUUGUACUGAAACAAGGCAUUCAAUUGGUUCUUAUGGUGUGCCAAUCAGAGAUCAUCUUCCACGAACUACUGCCAGUUUAGGAAUUGGCGGUGGAAGAAGUAACAGACCUAGUCAGAGUGAAAACACAUUAGCUAAGUCACAAUCUGAAAUUCAAGUUUGUACCACAAAUUCUUUAUCUGUGAGUCAGAACAGUAAAAACAGUCUGAUGACAUAUUCUAGUUCAGGGACUUUCUAUGACCACGCCAAAAGAAAAGUUGAUGUUAGGAUUCCCCCCAAACCUGUGCAGCCAUCAAAUGUUAAAGAUAUGACUGAUUUCCGACAAAUGGAGCAAGGCUUGCUGCAACUUCUUGAAGAUUUUCACUGUGGGAAAUUGGAAGGCUUUGGAAGUAAUUGCACUUUUGAAAAGAUGGAAAAUGUUAGAGAGCAACAAGAAAAGCUUGCACGACUCCAUUUUGAUUUAAAUGCUCAACAAGAACUCUGUGGGCAGCAUUCUGAUGAAGGUAUAAAAAUGGCAAAAGGCAAUCUCUCAAAACUUAUGGAAAAUCUGCAACAACUUAGUAAAUCUAUAGAGCAAUUGCAAUCAGGAAGCCCAGGAAAUGAGAAUGAAAAAUAAAAUUUCAAGUCAAAUUGCAGUCUGUUUAUGCUAUGUGACAUAGAAUAAAUGUAUAGUAGUAGUAUGUUUUUAUGGAUUUCAACAUAUAAUAAUAUUUUUAUGUUCUGUAACUUGUAAAAAUUGAUUUACAUCAUAGUUUUCUGAAAAACUGUAAACUUAAAUCGAUAUUUGCACAACAUAUGCAUAAUACAGGAUGACUCAAAAAUAUAUAUGCGCUUUGAAUAAUUACUACAUGAACAAUUAUUAUGUAAUAUAUAUAUGAAUUUCGUUAUUCAAGUUAAUAAGCAAUAUAUCAUUAAAGAUAUUUGUAGAUUCUUGUUUAUAAUUCGAAAUAUUUGUAAUGUGGGCAUUAUUAUCCUUAUAAUAUAGCAUAUACUUUCUGAUGAUAUUACAAACAUUGCUAAGAAUAUCACUUGAUAUUUUGGCAUAUUUUCUUUCAGUGAUUGGUCUCAAUUCUUUGGUUUUGUGAUUGAAAACCAUAAAAAUUAUGUUUUACAUUCAUAAAAGAAAGUAAUCUUUAGGGUUCACAUGUAUUGAGUGAUGAAAGGAAUAAGUCAAGUCAACCUUCUAACUCUCCGACCCGCCCUAAGGCACACGGAUUUAAACCAUAGAACUGAAUGACCGGACCGCCGCAACAGCAAUUGGCGGGAACUGUGGUUGAGUCCUAAGGGCCGUCACCGGCCACGGUACAACCCUCCCCGAAGGAAGUACGUCCCGUCAUCGAUGGGGGGAGUCAGAUCCCCCACCUAUUAGUGUACCCUCCAGGGUGGCGAGAUCCAACCACCAUGCCGGAAGCAUCUCAUCCUCAUUUCGAGGUGCCCCCCCGAGAAGUGCUCCCUCUUUCACCCUAAUCUUGCUUUCAAUAGAAUUACUUUAAAUUAACUCUCAAUUAGUUCAGAACUGAAAUUAUCAAGUGCAAUAAUUUCAAUGAUAAUAAAUGUGUUCAUUAAUUUCACUUAUGACAUAUUUAUAUAUUUGUUCAAUUGUUUAUUCUGUAAUUAUUCAAAGUUUCUAUAUAUUUAAAAAAAAACCCUGUAAUUUUGGUCAUCAAAUUAUGAAAGGUGAUUAUGGUGCUUUAUAUUGAUGACCGUCAUUUGAUAUUCUAAUCUCAUUUUUGAUGGGUUUGGGUGUCUAGAAAAAAAGUUAUAAAUCAUUUAGAGUUUAUUUUAAUUUGUAUUUAUAAAUUACCUUAGUAUCUUCUAUAGGUGACUUUAGAAUUGUAUGUUAUAUUAACAUUUUUUAUUGUUGUGGAUUAAGAAUAUUUUAAUAUAAUUUAUAAUUGGUUUUUUUUCUGCUUUCCUGUUGCAUGUUGAAUACAGAAGUUGAAGUAUUAGUUGAAUACAGAAAAAAAAAGUAAUUAUAAAAAUGAUAAAUUUAUAAGCUUGCACCAAUUUUCAUUAUUAGGAACAAUGACAUGAAUAGAAAUGUAGACAAUAAUAUUUCAAGUAAUUAGAAAUGUAGUGUUUGACAUUCUUUCUGCCUCCCCACUCCUUCCUCCUUACUGGCAGUAAAUAGCCUCAAUUUGUUGAGUACAUUUACUUUACUUUCUUAUAAUUAUUAAUAGAAAUGAAGUUGUUACACUCCUCAGUUAAACAAUGAAAAGUUAUUUUUUAUAAUUAUGUAUGAUGUUUUGAAAUCUUUGUUAAGUUACAGUCUUCGAAUUAAAUUUCAAAUUAAGUAUAUUUAAAAUAAUGCAAAUUAUAUUGUUUUGAUAAUCUUGUGUUUCCGCUAAGAUGCAUUGCAUUAAAUCACUGAGAAUUUCUUGUUGAAAUUUGAAAAUUAGAGCAUUUUGUAACUUGAGCUUAACUAUUAACUGAAGCUUCAAAAAAUUUUUUAUUGCUAAUCAAAACAUUGUGGUGUAAUAAAAAGAAGUUGUACAAAAUGUUAAUGAAAAUCAUAUACAUAUUUAUACCAUAUUCUCACUUUGUAGAAAGAAUUCAAUUUGGAAUAAUAUAUUUUAUAAUUAUUUAUAAAUUGGAAUAAUUUUAAUAUCUCUGCAACUGUAAAGCAAGGUGAAAAAUUUUUGACCUUCUCCCUCCAUUUUUUUUCCCCUUCUUCUUCUUUCUAUUCAUGUGCUUUUAGUUAUAUUUGCUUAUAGAAUAACAUUCCAUGUACUGUUUGUAAUUAUACUGUAUUGUAUUGCAAUUUAAAGAGGCUGUUAAUCUUUAUAGAAGCCCAAAUUUUGUGAUGAAACUCAAUUUUAAAAUUGAAAUAUAUUUCUAGAAUGUACAUAAAAAAUUCUUUAACAGAUUUUGUAGAAUUUUGAAUAUUUAAAAUGGAGCAAAAGAAAUUACAAUGCUUAAUCUGUGAUUUGUGUUAAACAGUGUAACCAAGAAAUUGGGUGAUGUAAAGGUAAAGGUAAAAGGGCUUCUUUUUUCUUCUUUUUUCUAUUUUUGCUAAUUUUGCAAUUAAACAUAAAAUAACGCACAACUAAACAAUUUGAUAAAAUGAAAAUUAUAUAAAUCAGCAGUAGAUAGUAAAUUAAUAAUAAAGUAAUUAAAGAUUCUAUUUUAUUAUAUAUUUCUUUUAAAGUUAUAUAGUUUAAAAUACUGAUAUGAUUGCUGCUUUUAAUUUUAUUUAAAAUGAAAUCUGGAAAAUAAAUUUAUUAUUCUAUGUUUUAUUUAUAAUAUUCUUGCGAGUAUUUUUGAAAAAAAAAAAAAAAAAAAUUAAAGAAUAUAUUACAAACUUUAGUGUUUAUAAAAUUCCUUUUUCAAAAAUUAAAAAAGGUAUGCUAAAAGAUUUGAUUUAAUUCUGAUUUGGCUGAGUGAGAAUAUUACAGCUCUAUAAUGAGCUGUAAUGUAAUUGGCUUUAUGCUGCUAAGUAAUUCUCUUUAUUUCUUUAAUAUUAUUUAAAUCUUGUUGAUUACUACAAUAAUAUCUCUUUGAAAUUUGUAUGUAAAUGAUUUUAAUAUUAAAUUGAUGCAAAAGUUAUUUUGAAUGAAAGCAAUUUACAAAAGAAUAGGAGCAAUGUUUAUAUCAAGCAAUUUUAAAAUCAACCUCAUUUUGUAGUUCUUAAACAUAUCUUUUUUUUUUUUUUUUUUUUG